UACGAGGAUACGGCAAAACAUAAAUAAAUGGAGAUUUAGCUCCUCAUUUGGAGACUAAACAAUGCUAGAAAAAUAUAUAGAAAUUAAUAUUCUAAAUAGAGCUUAAGUGUAUGAAAGAAGGAAUAUUUAAUAUGAACGGAAAGGGUGUUAUUUAUAGGUGUUUUGAAGGUGUUGCGUCGAAUACCCGACCGGGUAUUUGAGAUGUCCGACCGGGUAUUUGAGAUGCCCGACCGGGAAGGAUGUCUCGCCGGAAACUCAGGUUAUGUCGGUGGGUUUUUGUGCGCAGAGUCAAGGUGGAACUGAGAUGAAUAGCUUAGGUCAGCGACCACCACCAACAACUCACGGCGGUCCUGUUUGCAGGCCGGACUUCAGAGCUCAGAUUCCUUCUCCCUCACCGCAGGACCCACUUCCAGUAAUAAUGUUGAAAGCCUGAGUGGCGAGGAGACGCACGGGCUUGGCAUUGCUCGAAACAUCACAUGGGCUGAAAUUGUUAGGUGUGAAUCGGACAGAAAAAAAGACAAAGCCAGCACCUCAAUUGGAACUUUCCUACCAUCCGCACAAAAUGUUGAAAACCAAAAUCGGCCGCUCCUCAACCCAUGUCAGUUGCUACUGCUAAGGAUUAUGAGAAAUUCAAUUUUUUUGGAGAAGAGGAUUUUGACUCCAUCAAAAUUGAAUCUAAAAUAUUCAGAUUUGCGACCCGAAACAACGAAAUUGUCAUUUUUGAAAUUAAAAAAUCCUCACUAAAAAGGAUUAAUUUCAAAACAGUGAUGGCACCCGGGAUCUUCCAAUUUAUUCAACAACUUUCAUGCUCAAAUAAAUUUAAUCUUGUCCAGACCGGAAAAUUUGGGAAUAUCACGGUUAUGUCGCUGCUCAACAAUUCAGGUUGUUAUGUGAAGAUUGCUAAUGACAAGGGGAGCUCAAUUCUAAUUCCCAGGGGCACACAAUUCAAACCUCAAAGAUUUUUUGACAUUAUUUUCAAAAAUUGUUGGAUUGUCUUAUUUAGAGCAGGAGGACCAUAUGCACUGGGAGCAUGAAAAUUCGUCUGAUAAUGAGGAUAUAACCAUUUCAAAACUCAUAUUUAACUAUGAGAUUCAGAGAGCCUUCGGCGAGAAGCAACAACUCAUCCCCCUUGAGAAAUAACAAUUUCCACUUCUUCGAGCAUACUCUGACGCCUCAGACAGCUUUGAUUAUUCCGAUGAAUCUUUCUUUUCAGACGAUUUGCUGGGUCAUGCAACUGAAAGCGAUCGACGCCCUCCUUUAUCAAACCAGGAAGAAAUUGGGAAUUCCAAAUUCAACAUAACGAUUUGCCGCAAAGCAAAAUUUGUCACCUCAGAAAAUUAUCUGCCAACAGACAACCUGAACACUCAACUUAAACUUUACAGGAAACCUCAACAAAACAAGAGGCGACGUAGCAUGCGGACUAGAUCACAGUCUAGAGAUUUCCCUUGGGUCUAGUUUUAGUUUCUUUAUAUUCUCUUUUACUCUCUGUAUCUUUCAUUUUAUUUCUCUUCUUG